AUGACAUUGAAUGAGGAGAGUCAAGAACUCAAUGAAAAGGAAGAUAAUGUUCAGCAUGAGAAAUAUGGUUUCAUGACUGGAGAAAAAUCAUUUUUUUCAUCACAUAACAAAAAGACUUCACAAAAAAGCAUUCAAAAGACAGCAAAUAGAAGUUAUUUCACCUGCCAACAGUGUAAAAAACCUUUCAACAGAAAGGGAUACCUUGAAGUCCACAUGAGAGUUCACACUGGAGAAAAGCCGUACAUCUGUCAACCGUGUGGAAAGAGUUUCAUUCGAAAAGGAAACUUGAAAUACCAUAUGAGAGUUCACAUUGGAAACAGACCCUUUGUCUGCCAACAGUGUGGAAAGAGAUUUACUGAAAAAGGAAACCUUAAUAUUCACAUGAGAAUUCACACUGGAGAAAACCCUUUCACCUGCCAACAGUGUGGAAAGAGUUUCACUCAAAAAGCAAACCUUAAAAAAAACAUCAGAAUUCAUACUGGAGAGAAACCUUACACAUGCUCUCAAUGUGAAAGAAGUUUUACACACAAACAUCUCGAUGAACACAUGAGAAUUCAUUCUGGAGAAAAGCCUUACACCUGCAAUCUGUGUGGAAACGGCUUCAUUCGAAAAGCAAACCUUAAAAACCACAUGAAAAUUCACAGU